AUGGCGGAACACAACAUUGUUGUCUUUGCGGGCGACCACUGCGGCCCAGAGGUCAUUGCUGAGGCAAUCAAGGUCAUCAAGACAGUCGAGAAGCUGAGCCCGACUGCUGGCAAGUUCAAUCUGCAGGACCACCUGCUUGGAGGGUGCUCCAUCGAGCAGACCGGCUCCCCCCUCACCGACGAGGCCCUCGCUGCCGCCAAAGCCGCCGAUGCCGUGCUUCUCGGCGCCAUCGGUGGCCCCGAAUGGGGCACCGGCGCCGUCCGCCCGGAGCAGGGUCUCCUGAAGCUGCGCAGUGAGAUGUGCGCCUACGGCAACCUCCGUCCCUGCUUCUUCGCGUCCGACGCCCUCGUCGAGUCAUCCCCUCUGAAGGCGUCCGUCUGCCGCGGCACCGACAUGAUUAUCGUUCGCGAGUUGACUUCGGGCCUGUAUUUCGGAGAGCGAAAGGAGUACGAUGGAACCAAUGCGUUCGACACUACCGUUUACACGAAACCAGAGAUUGAGCGUAUCGCGCGCUUGGGCGGUAUCCUGGCCAGGAAAAGGGGAGAUUCGCGGGUUAUCUCGCUCGACAAGGCAAACGUGCUGGCGACGAGCAGACUCUGGCGUACUGUCGUCGAUGAGGUCUACAAGAACGAGUUCCCUGAUCUCAAGGUUGAGCACCAGCUUAUCGACAGCGCCGCCAUGAUCAUGGUCAAGAACCCGACGCAUCUGAAUGGCGUCCUGUUGGCGCCUAACUUGGCUGGCGAUAUCCUUAGCGACGAGGCGAGCGCCAUCACUGGAAGCAUAGGACUCCUCCCCAGCGCAAGUCUCUGCGGAGUGGGCACCGCGGUGCCAUCUAUUUGCGAACCUAUUCACGGGAGCGCGCCGGACAUUUCAGGCAAGGGUAUUGUGAACCCCAUUGGCACCAUCCUUUCCGUGGCCAUGAUGUUCCGGUACUCUCUGAACCUCGGCCACGAGGCCAAGCUCGUCGAGGACGCGGUUCGCGUCGCCAUCGAUGCCGGGUUGAGAACCAAGGAUAUGGGCGGCAACACGAGCACCGCCGAGGCAGGAGAUCUCAUCGUUGCUGAGCUGUCCAAGAUUCUCAAGGCCCCGCCCUUCCCCUCAACCGCCGACCCUCCUACAUCCUCCAUCGACUCUCCCUUUGUGACGACGCUACACGAGCCGAGCCCUGCUCGCGUCGAACCGCCCAGCAUGCCUCCUAAGCAGAAGAAAGAAGCCAAGGUCGAGCAGGAGGAGGAUCUCGGACAUGGCAAGAUCUUCUCCGUCUCAGGACCCGUCAUUGUUGCCGAGGACAUGAUUGGUGUUGCUAUGUACGAGUUGGUUAGAGUCAGUCACGAUAACCUAGUCGGUGAAGUCAUUCGAAUCAACGGCGACCAAGCAACCAUCCAGGUCUACGAGGAGACUGCUGGUGUCACUGUCGGUGACCCCGUCUACCGCACCGGAAAGCCCCUUUCCGUCGAGCUCGGCCCCGGUCUGCUCAACGGUAUUUACGAUGGUAUCCAAAGACCUCUCGAGAAGAUCAGCGAAAUGUCGAAGACCAUUUACAUUCCCCGCGGUAUCGCCGUCCCUGCCCUCGACCGUAAUAAGAAGUGGGAUUUCGAACCCACCGCAAAGGUCGGCGACCACAUCUCAGGCGGCGACGUCUGGGGUACCGUCAACGAGAACUCGUUCAUUUCCGUUCACCGAAUCUUGCUACCUCCUCGCGCCCGCGGUACCAUCACGAAGAUCGCCAGCAAGGGACAGUACACCGUCGCCGAGCCCCUGCUCGAGGUCGAGUUCGAUGGAAAGAAGACCGAGUACCCCAUGAUGCAGACUUGGCCUGUGCGAGUUCCCCGCCCUACCACCGAGAAGCUCCAGGCGAACGAGCCCUUCAUCGUCGGUCAGAGAGUGCUGGACGCCCUUUUCCCCAGUGUCCAGGGUGGUACCGUCGCCAUUCCUGGUGCUUUCGGCUGUGGCAAGACUGUCAUUAGUCAGUCUGUGUCCAAGUUCUCCAACUCCGAUGUCAUCGUCUAUGUCGGUUGUGGUGAGCGCGGAAACGAGAUGGCCGAAGUCUUGAAGGAUUUCCCCGAGCUUACCAUUGACGUUGACGGUCGCAAGGAGCCCAUCAUGAAGCGUACCACCCUCAUCGCCAACACCUCCAACAUGCCCGUGGCUGCUCGUGAGGCCUCUAUUUACACCGGUAUCACGGUCGCCGAGUACUUCCGUGACCAAGGUCUCGACGUUGCCAUGAUGGCUGACUCCUCCUCGCGUUGGGCUGAGGCUCUUCGUGAAAUUUCUGGUCGUUUGGGAGAAAUGCCUGCUGAUCAAGGUUUCCCGGCCUACCUCGGUGCCAAGCUUGCCUCUUUCUACGAGCGUGCCGGUCGCGUCGUGUCUCUCGGUUCACCUGAGCGAAACGGCAGUGUCAGCAUUGUCGGUGCCGUCAGCCCCCCUGGUGGUGAUUUCUCCGAUCCCGUCACUACUUCAACUCUCGGUAUCGUACAGGUCUUCUGGGGUCUCGACAAGAAGCUCGCGCAGCGCAAGCACUUCCCCUCCAUCAACACCUCGCUCAGUUACUCCAAGUACACCAUGGUUCUCGACAAGUGGUAUGAGAAGGAUUACCCCGACUUCCCCCGUCUCCGUGACCGCAUCAGACAGCUCUUGUCCGACUCUGAGGAGCUUGACCAGGUCGUGCAGCUGGUCGGAAAGAGUGCGCUGUCUGACCCCGACAAAAUCACUCUGGAUAUCGCCGCGCUUCUGAAGGAAGAUUUCCUGCAGCAAAACGGUUACUCAGACUAUGACCAGUUCUGCCCGCUGUGGAAGACGGAGUGGAUGAUGAAGCUUAUGGUUGGCUUCCACGACGAGGCACAAAAGGCCAUUGCUCAAGGCCAGAGCUGGGCCAAGGUCCGUGAGGCCACCGGUGAUUUGCAGGCCAAGCUGCGUCAACUCAAGUUCGAGGUUCCCUCCGAGGGCCAGGAGGCUAUCGAGAAGAAGUACGAGGAUAUUCAGCAGCAGAUGCUGGACAAGUUUGCCUCUGUUGUUGACGAGUAA